AUGCAACAGGUAGUCUCCCUCCCAGACUACGGACUGCAGCACCACCAUCAGCACAGCAAUCCCCAGCAGAAGCCACCAAGGCCGGGCAGAAGACGGCCAAGGCCUGUGGGGGCGCUGGACGCAAGCGCGCGAGACAACGCGCCGGAUGCGCCGCGAGUGUUCGACGCGUCGAGAGGUUGCGAGUCGGAGGCCGCGAGGGAGAGGGUUGAGCUGGUGCUGCGGCUCAAGGACAUGGGCAGGAGGUUCGAGUGGAGAGGCGCGGUGAAGGUGUUCCGGAGGGCCAGGGCCAGGGGCAUGGUCAUGGAUAACAGCGUUUACAGUUGCAUCAUCAGCGUGGUGGCCAAGAGCGGGCGAUGGUCGGAGGCCGUGGAGCUCCUGCAAGAGGCCAGGGAAGACCCCGCGGGCCUCGCCCCCAACAAGUACUGCUACACCGCGGCCGUCAGCGCCUGCGCCCGCGGCAGGAACUGGGAGCUGGCCCUGUCCCUGCUGGACGAGAUGCGGGAGGCCGGUCUGUCGCCCGACCACUUCACGUACGGCUCGGCCGUAAGCGCGAUGGCUAGGACGGGGCAAUGGAGGCGGGCGCUUGGCCUGCUGGGGCGGAUGGCCGGGGAGGGUCUGCAACCGAACGUUGUGUGCUACGGGGCCGCCGUCGACGCUUGCGCUAAGGGGGGGCAGUGGGAGAGGGCGGUGGGGCUCCUCCAGGAGAUGGGGGACGCUGGGGUUGAGCCUGACAGGAUCUGCUACAACGCGGCGAUAAACGCGUGCGCCCAGAGCGGCGAGUGGGAGACGGCCCUGUCCCUCGCGGACGAGAUGCGCCGCUCGGUACCGGUCCUCGGAACGGGCGCCGGUCCCGACGUCUUCACGUUCAACUCCAUCAUGCACGGCAUGGCUAGCGCGGGGGAGUGUGAGCGGCUGCUGGUGUUGCUCGCCGAGAUGCGGGAGGAAUACGAGGUGUCCCCGGACGUGGUCUCGUACAACACGGCCAUGGCAGCGUGCAACGAGCCGGCACUGCUGUAUGCACAGCAUCGCUUUACCGGUGAACCGACAGAUUCAACGACUGUCCAUCCAUGCCCAUGA